GACACGACGGACGAGAGACGCGUUAUAGCCAGCGACGUGGAGUGAUCGCGCUUCGUCUCCGCGUCCGUUUCGAUGCUCCCGACGAUCCGUUACGGCAUCCCACGUUUUUUUCGGCCGGCGUGCCAGCAUCGUAUUCUAGCCCGUAACGUGCGCGAGCAGCGUCCCGCCGUGCGCGAUUGAUCCUAAGAGAGGCAGCGUCUCUGUGCGGUGAGUUACGCCAAGUGGCGGCCUGACACAUCGCGUUCUCUCGAGCGCGUCGAGUCGCCGCGCCGUGUGUCGCAAGUGAGUGAAGGAAAGGAGGAGAAGAGAGCGAGUGAGAGAGGAAACGGGCGGCGAUACACGGACGUGUGUAUAUCUGUUCGUCGGGAUCGCGGACGCACACACGCAGCAUCCUGCGUAUCGGAUAAAUAAAAACGCGGCCCAGCGUGAAAACCGGCGCGGCGUCCGCAUAACGACGUUCAUUCAAGAAUGCAUUAAUUACGCGCGAGUCGAAUACGUGUAUGCGUGAUUGGUGUGACGUGUGCGAGACGGGCGAGAAUAUUUGAUAGGCACUCGAUUAAAAAGGGGGGAAAGUGAAACAACGCGCCGAGCCGGAGGUUAACGGCGAGAAUAUUUCGAAGAUGCUCAAGUUCAUCAGGGGGAAGGGCCAGCAGCCCACGGCCGAGAGGCAGAAACUGCAGAAGGAUCUCUUCGCUUUCAGAAAGACGGUGCAGCAUGGUUUUCCGAACAAACCGACCGCUCUUGCUUGGGAUCCGAGUCUGCGAGUGAUGAUCAUUGGCACGGCAUCCGGCGCCAUCAAGGUUUUUGGGAGGCCAGGCGUAGAAUUUUACGGGCAACAUACCGUCGACAGUGGUGAGAAUGCCGUCACAAAGAUCGUCCCACUGCCGAAAGAGGGUCGCCUCGUGUCCUUGUGCGAUGACAAUUCGUUACAUUUAUGGGAAAUCAAUGAAUGUUCUAUAGUGGAAACGAAAUCAUUGGAGGGUAAUAUGAAGAAAAUAUCCGCGAUAUGUCUCGAAUCGAGUGGAAAACAUCUUUUGUUGGGAACAGAGGCGGGCAACAUCUAUUUGCUAAAUUAUGAGACUUUUGUCAUGUCGGACAAUAUUAUCUAUCAAGAAGUUGUGAUGCAAAAUGUUCCAGAAGAUUACAAAAAAAAUCCAGGAGCAGUUGAAGCUAUAGCCGAGCAACCAGGACAUCCAGACAAUAUUCUAAUUGGUUACAAUCGAGGUUUGAUGGUGCUAUGGAACAAAGCUACUCCGGGAGCCCAACAGACAUUCGUCUCCACGCAACAGCUGGAAUCGGUCCACUGGAUCUCCGAGAAUCGCUUCGUCUCGUCGCACAAUGAUGGUUCGUACGCGUUUUGGAGCCCGGGUAGCGACGCCGUGCCGGAGCCCACGACACUUUACGGCCCGUUCCCGUGCAAGGCCGUCACCAAGAUCCUCGUAUAUCCUACUAUUGAACACGGCGAGAUCGUCCUAUUCUCCGGUGGUAUGCAACGUGCCAGUUACGGAGACCGACACACAAUCACCGUCAUGACCAAGGAUAAACACUUGGUUUUCGAUUUCACGUCUAAAAUCAUCGACUUUUUUACCGUUUUCGCUGAGGAAGAAGAAGGAGGAAAUAAUGAAUGCCCUGUUAAUCCAGAAGCGCUCAUAGUGCUAGCUGAAGAAGAAGUAGUAGCUAUCGAUUUAACCAAUCCCGAAUGGAAGAUGAUGCCUCUGCCUUAUUUAGUAUCUCUCCAUGCGAGUGCGGUGACCUGUUCCCAACACGUGCCGAAUGUACCCGACGAACUUUGGGAGGCAAUUGUAGCUGCGGGUAAAGCACAAACGGAGCAUCUUUACUCGGACAAAGUGUGGCCGAUCAACGGAGGAAAUUUCCUCUGUCCGAUAAAUCUUAAUAAGUCUAAGAGCAGAGAACUACUGCUUACUGGGCACGAGGACGGUACCGUGAGAUUCUGGAAUGCGUCCGACGUUUCUCUGACUCCACUGUACAAGUACAAUUCGUCGAUUCUGUUCACCGGCGAGCACUUGGAUGUUCUCGAGCAGCCGCCGGAGGACGACGAGGACGAGUGGCCACCGUUCAAGAAGGUGGGAAUCUUCGAUCCAUACUCUGAUGAUCCGCGACUCGCCGUGAAGAAGGUCCUCCUUUGUCCAUUGUCCUCGACCUUGGUGGUUGCGGGUACGGCCGGCCAUGUUAUCACCGCCACCAUCUCCUCGGAAGCAGUCAACAAGGAGAUAAAAGCCGUCACAAUGAACAUCGUCAACGAUCGUGAUGGAUUUGUGUGGAAAGGUCACGAUCAUCUACCACCGAGAACGACGAGUAUAUCAUUCGCGGUCGGAUUUCAACCACAGAGUCUUCUUCAGUUGUAUCCACCGGCCGCCAUCACGGCUUUGGCGUUGCACAGCGAGUGGGGUCUGCUUGCCACAGGCACAGCGCACGGUCUUGCGGUCUUUGAUUAUACUAGAGCGAAAGCCGUCAGUGUCAAAUGCACGCUUAAUCCAAAUGAUCUCUCCGGUGCAGGCGAUACUCCUAUCUCUCGGCGAAAGUCAUUUAAGAAAUCUCUUAGGGAAUCUUUCAGAAGAUUGAGAAAAGGACGCUCGCAACGUCGGGCAAACGCGAACAGUCCUACACGAAAUACUGCGCCUGAAAAGAAAAAAGAAAGUGUUGCUUCUUCUCCGAGCGGGGAUUUAUCACCGGCGGUGGAAAUAAAACCAGUAGAGAGACAAGUGGAAGCAAGACCCGUUGACGACGCUUUAGGCUCUAUGGUUCGAUGCCUAUAUUUUGCCAGAAGUUACAUUAUUAGCUUACAAAAUACAACACCUACACUUUGGGCGGGCACGAAUAACGGUACAGUUUACGUUUUCACGUUGGCUAUACCAGCCGGUGUGAGAAGAACGGAAGAGGACGUUAACUGUACAUUGGGUAAGGAGAUACAAUUGAAGCAUCGUGCGCCCGUAAUCGCGAUCACGAUCCUCGACGGAUCCAGUGUGCCGUUACCGGAAUCUUACGAGGCCGAGAAGGGCGUGAUGCCUGGACCCGAUAUGACUUCCCCACAUAGAGUUGUAAUCGCCAGCGAGGAACAAUUCAAGAUCUUUAAUCUUCCGUCCCUGAAGCCACACUGCAAAUACAAGUUGACUGCGCACGAGGGAUCUAGAGUACGAAAAACAGGUUUCGCCAAGUUCUCGUGUCCUGUCGAACCAGCGGGAAUUCACGAAGAAACUUGCUUACUUUGUUUAACGAAUCUUGGCGAUUGUCUUGUGCUUAGUAUACCGGAACUGAGGAGACAAUUGAACGCCGCUGCGAUCAAGAGAGAGGACAUUAACGGUAUUUCUUCCUUAAUAUUUACGAAAGCCGGAGAAGCGUUGUAUCUUCAUUCGAGUUCGGAGCUCCAACGAAUUUCCCUGUCAGCCGGGAAAGUAACGAAAGCGCAAUGCGUGCUCAAUUUACCACCACGUGCUAGAUCGUUGACAGAAAGGCCAGAAAACGUUAACGAAGUCGCGCAGGAGCAAGGAGUCGUCGAAGGAGCGCCUGAAACCGAAGGGGAAACGCAAGAGAGUCAACCACCAACAGCGAACCGAGUUAUCACGGAAAAUGGAAUAGUGGGUUCCACUGGGGAAGAAGAAUCUCCGAAGGAACCGUCGCUGCGACCGGCUACGAGUAGUAUAGAUGUAAAUGGGGAAGACGAUCGUCAGGAUUUAAGUUCUAUCGGAGACAUUACAAUCGACAGUGUUAAAGAUCAUUUACUUAACAGUUCACUUUUCAGAAACGCAACGUCUUCCGAAGAUCUGCAUAAUCGUUUGGCAGGGCUUAAGAUGGAGGUCACUUCGCGAACUUCCGAGGUAUCUACGCAGAAUCAAUCAUUAGUGGUGAAAACUACAACUGUGGUUACUCAAACUACAAAUAGCACGACUGCUAAUGGUGAAGUUGAGACGAGUCAAGCUAAUGAAACGCAACACGUAAACAGCACUACCGUAGAACGAGAGAUACGCAGCGGUAUCGAGACAACAACAACACACGCAACCAUCACUCUACCCCCGAACGUCGAGAUUAAUGCUGCGGAUCUGGCCAACUUGGAAGUCACCACAACUACAGUGACCACUACUACAGAGAGGGCCAAGGCGCCGCUAGCUAGGCCAGAGGAAGUCGGUUCGUAGGCCUGUUCCAUAUCCAUUUCUCCUACACGCUGACCAUGCAUCGAUUUCACGCUCCGUUUACAGAGCCAUCAGUAAUUGGUUAUUCUUAUCUAACCAACGUGUAUACAGCGGCAAAUAUAGAUAGGAUUUAUAUAUCAUAUAUAUAGAUUUUUUUAAAAAGUCUAGAUUUCUACGCAGCAUUUUUACGUAGCGUUUAAUCACGCGCGAAUGACGAGUGGUUAAGUUUUAAUAUAAACUUUAUGCAUUUCUCAUUGACAUCCAUCAUUGCAUUCUACUUACAGUAAAUUCCAAAUGAAUAAUUUUUGGAAUUGGCGAAGAAUCAAUGAUUUUUAACGAAAAUAGGCCUAGAAACUGUUUUAUUUAUCUUAUGAUAUAGAAAUUCUCGCUAUGUUUUCUUUUAGAUAAGAAAUUUUAACAUUUUAAUUAUUAAUCAAGAGCUCGAGAUAAGGAAGUUUCUUGCGGACAAAAGAGAUAUCAAAACAUUAAAUUUUACAAAUAAACUUAGAAGAUUUUUAUUAUAAGAAUUAUAUCGUUUUAUACGGCCAAUUUUACUGUUCUUUAAUUUAGCGAUAAAUCUGGUGCAUCUACAAUCGAUCUACAAUUAUACUAACGCAUAUGAUCAGUAUAAUUAUAGAUCUUUGAAAACAAGAUCAUAAUUUAUCGAGAGAUAGUGACGACAAUGAUGAAACAUCACAAAUCGUGAAUUUUUAUGGCAGCCUUAAAUUUACUCUUUAUACGUUACUAUAUAUAUUUCUAAUUAUAUAAAAUCACACGCGACUUAAGCUAUAGUAUUUGAAGUAUUUUGGACAUCUUGUGAAUUUUUCACAAGAGCAGAAAGUAUGUAACUUGCGGUGCGCAUAUAAAAAUGCUUCAACAAGGGAAAUAUAUACAGCUAUACUUAAGUAGAAUUAUAUAUUUGACGAACAAUUAAGAAAAUUAAGCAUGAUAAAUUUCGGACGAAAUGUCUGUCGAUGAGAGAACGCGUUAAAAAUAUAUUUUUUAUCGAUGUUGCUUAA